AUAAUGAGAAGGUUUGGGUGCGACUGUUGUCAAUAAUCACACAAAAAACCCAAUUGCUAAUAGCUAAGAGCCUUCUUCUUCGAAACCAUCUUUAAACCAUGGCAACCAGAGCCCUCCUCUCCCAGGCAGCACGAAGACUAGAGGGAAAGGUAGCAGUGAUCACUGGUGGUGCGGGUGGAAUAGGAGAAUCUACCGCAAGGCUCUUCUCCAAACAUGGGGCUAGAGUCAUCAUAGCCGAUGUCCGCGAUGACUUGGGCAAGUCGGUGUGCAAUGAUCUGGGGCCGGAGACUGCAUCCUUCGUGCAUUGCGAUGUCUCAAGCGAAUCCGACGUUGAAGAUGCCAUCGCUGCUGCAGUUGACAAGCAUGGAAAGCUGGACAUAAUGGUGAACAAUGCCGCAACCGCGGACCCUGUCAAAGCCAACAUAUUGGACAACCACAAGGCCGACUUCGAGAGAGUGGUUAGCGUAAACCUGACGGGUGUUUUCUUAGGGACAAAGCAUGCGGCUAGAGCCAUGAUCCAGUCGCGAAGCGGAAGCAUCAUCAACGUUGGAAGCGUUAGUUCGAGCGUGGGCGGGGUGGCAACCCAUGCAUACACCAGCUCGAAGCACGCCGUCGUGGGGCUCACAAGGAACGUGGCAGCGGAGCUCGGGCGAUAUGGAAUUCGCGUGAACUGCCUCUCGCCUUAUUUCAUUCUAUCGCCAUUAACGAUGGAGUUCUUCAAUGUCGUCCAAAACGGAGGAGUGGGAGUGUAUUCUAACUUGGAUGGGGCGCGUCUUGAGAAAGAAGAUGUAGCGGAGGCUGCACUGUUUUUGGGGAGCGAUGAAUCAAAGUACAUAAGUGGCCACAAUCUGGCGGUGGAUGGAGGCUUCACCGCCAUCAAUCCCGCCUUUGGCUUGUUUGCUCGGGCUUAAUGAAUCCAAAGUACCUCGUCAUGCCCUUGACCUUGCGUG